AUCAACAGCAAGGAGGUGGGGGGAAGAAGAAAGAGUUGGACAAAUGCCUUGUGCCCGGAUGCAACAAAAAACACUCUUGGAAGAGUUGCUGGAGUAGGCCUGAGGGAUGGAAGCCUCACGGCUACUCUGGAGAGACCCCACCAGUGACCAAACCUGAUUGGGUGGAGAAAAGGAUGAAGAAGGGGCUCUGGAAUAAGAAGGGCAGCAAGGGAGCAACGGCCGUAGCUGCUAAGGAUGAGAAGGGGAAGGGCCAAGACGACUCCUCCGAUGAUGGUUUCUCGUUUCUCAUGCUAGGGCAGGAUGCAUCUCUCGCUGGUCGUGCAUUGGCUGAUCCCAACUUCCUGGUUCUAGACUCUGGAGCAACAUCUGGGAUGCUUCCUCGCCGUGAUCUUUUCACCUCCUACCAUCCUCUCCCACCAAACUCUAGGAGAGUGAUUGUUGGGAGCGGAGAUUUGCUGCAGGCAAUUGGCAUCGGCACGAUCACCAUUAAGGGGAAGGAGGGGGAGCUAUGGUGCCCAAGCCGACCAUCAAUCUCCCCGAGGCGCAACGAUUUGUUGGCGUGAACUAUAGCACGUGGCGGCUUAAGUUCAUUCGGCGCGCUAAGGAGGUUGGAUUGUGGAAGUACUACGACCAAGCUACCGAAGUACCGG